AGUUUAAGAAAAUAAAAAAAGAAAUAAACCAGGACUUCUCUGGCCUAGAACAGAGGUAAAUUAAGAGAGUGAGUGAGUAAGUGAGUGAGUGAGAGUGUCAAAGUGUUUGUUGUGUACGCGCUUUUGUGGCGGCGGAGAUGCUGGCGCCAACCACUGUUGUCACUGUAACAGUUGCGGGCGGCGUCAGUUACAAUAACAACAACAACAAGAACCUAAACAACAUAAUGCACACAUGUUUGAUACAAUCAUCAGCAUCAAAAACAACAAACUCAUCAUCAACAAUAGCAACAACAGUAACAGCAACAGCAACAACUGCUAAAACAACAACAGUUCCCGUAACAACAACGAAACAACAAUUGUGAUAAAUUAAAUUAAUUAUUCUUAAUCUUAAGGGACAUGUAAGCUCAUUUCAAAUCCGCCUAAUCGUUUAGCUCAACCGCGAAUGUCACUACUGGGGAAGCCUAUAAAUUAUAAUCGCGGCAAUCAUCGCCGUGAUGUACGGUAUAGAAGACUUCAAAGUCGUGUAUAUAAUUUUCUGGAGAGGCCGCGAGGACUGCCAGCAAUUUUAUAUCACGUGGCGGUAUUCCUAAUGGUCUUUACCUGCCUUGUUUUAAGUGUAUUCUCAACGAUAGACACGUAUGAGAAGGACGCAUUGUAUAUAUUAUUUAGAAUGGAAAUAUUAGUUGUUAUUUGGUUCACAAUGGAGUUUUUCAUGCGGCUGUGGUCAUCCGGUUGUCGGUCACGAUACCAAGGAUGUGUUGGUCGUUUUAAGUUUAUAAAACGGCCAUUUUGUAUUAUAGAUAUUAUUACUAUAGUUGCUUCCGUAGUUGUAUUAGGCAUGGGUACAUCUGGCCAAGUAUUUGCCACAAGUGCUUUAAGGGGUUUACGUUUUUUCCAAAUCUUACGUAUGGUACGUAUGGAUCGACGUGGUGGCACUUGGAAGCUACUGGGCAGUGUAGUAUACGCACACAGACAAGAACUGAUAACCACUAUGUAUAUUGGAUUCCUAGGCCUUAUAUUUGCAUCAUUCCUGGUGUACUUAAUGGAGAAAGAUGUUAAUGAAAAAUUUAGUAAUUUUGCUCAAGCCCUGUGGUGGGGUGUGAUAACCCUCUGCACAGUUGGCUAUGGCGAUAUGGUUCCUGAGACGUGGCAGGGUAAAUUGAUAGCCUCGUUUUGUGCAUUAUUAGGCAUUUCGUUUUUCGCUUUGCCAGCGGGCAUUUUGGGUAGCGGUUUUGCCUUAAAGGUCCAACAGCAACAGCGUCAAAAACAUAUGAUACGGCGACGUCAACCCGCUGCCUCGCUUAUACAGGCCUUAUGGCGAUGCUAUGCGGCCGAUGAACAUUCAAGAUCAGUGGCAACCUGGAAAAUACAUCAAGUAGCUUUACCCAGUCCGCCUGCCUCAAGAGCAUCAUCUAGUUUUAAGCACAAUGCAUCAUUUGUGGCCCGCCUACCAACCAUCAGACGUCACAAACCCCAAUCUAUGCAAUCGCCGGGCGGUGAUGGCAUCAAAACAGUCGCCACCAAUCGCGUCUCCCGGUAUACGCGCAACAUACGUGAGAUGAAUCAAUCGGUGGAGAAUCUUGAUGAAGAUGAUGAGCCACGCUGCACUCAAUUAACAAAUCAGCACAAGACUGCCAUAAGAUUUAUUAGAAAGUUAAAAUACUUUGUUGCGCGGCGUAAAUUUAAAGAAGCCCUCAAACCCUAUGAUGUUAAAGAUGUUAUGGAACAAUAUGCCGCUGGUCAUGUGGAUUUAUUGGGACGUGUUAAAAAUGUUCAUGCCAGAUUAGAUCAAAUAUUGGGAAAACAAGGUUCCAAAUCAAAAGACGCUUAUGCUUCUAAAAUAAGCUUAGCAUCAAGAGUGGUCAAAGUCGAAAGACAGGUGGCCGAUAUAGAAGAAAAAUUAGAUAUUUUAAUUAAAGCUUACAUGGAGGACCGUCAACGGUUUCAAACUCUUCCCCCUAAUCCUCAGGUCUCUAAACAUUCCAACAACAAUCACCUCCCUAAUCAUGGCCACUGUGGUCUUACUACCAGUAGUAAUAAUAAUCAAACACUAGAUUGGCAACAUCGCACAGCGAAAACAAAUGAUGCUUUAGUAGCAGUAGCUGCAGCAGCAUCAGCAACAAUAUCAUUAGAUGCAUCAACGACCACAGCAGGGCUGUGCCCCCCUAAGGGGACCAAUGAAUAUACAAAGUCUUCCGAUACCUGUUCAUAUCCUUUAUCAGCCGAUGUUAGACCGGCACGUGUUUAUCAACAGCGUAGUAGUGAUGGUUUCAUAGCCGACAUAGAAAGUAGAACUAAAAAGAGAGUAACCUUAAGAUCAAUAUCACAACCAUAUGAAAAAGAAAUACAAGUGGAUGAAGUAGCGAUAACAAUACCAAAUAUAGAAACACAAUCACUUGGCUCUAGUCCUAGGCAAAGGCCGGAAAGUUCAAUAAUUUUAAUAGAUGAAUAUGAAGAUUUGGAAGAAGAAGAUCUCAAUUGCGAAGAAGAAUUCGAUCAAUAUCCCUCAUGGGAAAUUGACAGUGAUGCCGUAGUCGAUGCAGAUGCUGAAGGCGAUUGCGAUGAAACAACGGAAGACACCGCCUUAUUACACCGACCAACACGUACUGCAAUAGUUAUUACACCUAUUAGUCCCGUAAGCUCCGCACAUAAUCUCCAAAGUAUGGAUGACCAAAAUGCUCCUACAAUCAAUAAAUCAAAUUUACUAUCACCGGAUUCCGGAUAGCAAUCGUAACAUAUGUAUAUUUUUUUAUUAUCGCUUACAAAUUUAUACUCUUGUGUUCAAACAAACAAACAAACAAAAAAAAAAUAGAUGCAUAAAGAAAAACUAAACAAAAAAGCUACAGAAAUUAAUAAUAAAAGCAAAAUACAAGUAUUUUCACCCAAAAA